AUGGAUCAAGAAUCUGUAUUCAACGCCACAGAUCAUAGUUGCCAUACUACCUUUUGUGCUUCACAGCCUCAUAAAUACGCUAAUACAUCUCAGAUUAAGGGCCGAAAUAAGGACGCAUUGUCCGUGGAAUCAAUCAACGUGGUUGUUGACAUUGGCGUAAUUAUCAUUUGUAUUGAUAUAUUUAAGUUUUCUGUUAAUGGUGCUAAUGGUGCUAAUGGUGCUAACGGUGCUAAUGGUCUUAAUGGUACUGCUGAUAUUACUGCUAAUGUUAUUUAUUCUCGAAAAAACAAUAGCAAUAUAUAA